CCAAAAAAUAUUGAUAAAAAUAAAUAAUUACAAGUGAUUACAAGUAACUAGAGAUUGUUUUUGAAAAUUUAAUUAUUUAAAUGAGAGCAGUAAUUAUUAAUAAUUAAAAAUAAUAAAAAAAAAAAUGUCGAGUCCAAGAUCUCAGGGUUCACCCGCAAGAUCAUACUCCAGUAGAUCCAGCGGCUCAAAAUCCCGGAGUCCGAGUCCUAGAUCAGGAUCUCCAGGUUCAGUUGCCUCCAACGCAUCCCAUAAUUCCCCUGGAUCCGAGCGCAGUCAUCAGAGCAACCGCAGCAGAUCUAGCAAAGCAGCAUCUCCAGCAAGCCGUAGAUCAUCACCAGGUUCACCUAAAAGCCAUCGUUCAAAUUCCCGAUCUAGAUCACGAUCGAGAUCCAGAUCAGCGUCAGCAGAGAGCAAUAAUUCGAACCAUAGCUCCCGUAGCAGAUCACAAACUCCAACAAGUCAGCGAAAUAAAUCCAGAUCUCCAACAGGUACCGCAAGAACCGCCGGUUCUAGAUCGCGAUCUCAUUCUGGAUCUCCUGCUAGUGUAAAGGGAGCAAGAUCCAGAUCUAGAUCACAUUCUGGAUCACCAACAAGUCCAAGGAAUGAUAAAUCUAGAUCAGUUACACCUGCCAGCACUAAAGGAGCAAGAUCUAGAUCAAGAUCACGAUCUGGAUCACGAGCUACAUCAAGACACGCUGGAUCUAGAUCAAGAUCAAGAUCUAGAUCACGUGGAACUUCAAGAAAUGCUGGGUCUAGAUCAAGAUCUAGAUCUAGAUCACGAGCUACAUCAAGAAAUGCUGGAUCUAGAUCAAGAUCUAGGUCUAAAUCUGCUGGAACAUCAAGAAACGCUGGAUCUAGAUCAAGAUCUAGAUCAAAAUCACCUGGAACUUCAAGAAAUGCUGGAUCUAGAUCAAGAUCUAGAUCAAAAUCACCUGGAACAUCAAAAGUAGAUCAGGAAUCACGACCAGCAUCACCUGGUAGCACAAAAACAGCAAGAUCUAGAUCUAGAUCUCCAUCUCCCAAAGCUGUCAGUUCACCAAAUCACCAGGAAGCAAAAUCCGGUGACGACAGCGACAUAGAAGUGACGAAACGUAAACGGACUACCCGCGAAGGAAGCGGAUCUGCGUCAGAAUCUGAGAAAAACGUGAAACGUCACCGCGCUCUUAUUGACACUGACUCCGAGGACGAGCCGCCAGCCUCAGACAAACCGACCGCCGACGCCCUCUUCGGGGACGCUUCGGACAUCAGCUCGGAUGACGACAAAGAAAAAUCACCAGAAAAAUCAAAGUCCAAAUCACGAUCUAGAUCCAGGUCUAAAUCCAGAUCAAGAUCUCGCUCUAGAUCCCGAGAACGGUCCUCUCGAUCCAGGAGUCUGAGUCGCGAACGCGGGGAUCUAGAGCAGCGAGAAGAUCCUGAGGAGAAAGAGAAGGAAGAGGAACCGGAACCUCCCCCAGAGACGAGGAUCGACGUCGAAAUUCCGAAGAUCUCAACUGAUCUUGGUCGGGAGAUCCAUUUUGUCAAGCUGCCAAAUUUCUUGUCCGUCGAGACCCGGCCGUUUGACCACGAGACCUACGAGGAUGAGAUCGACGAGGAAGAGACUCUAGAUGAGGAGGGCAGAGCCAGACUUAAACUUAAAGUAGAAAAUACUAUUAGGUGGAAAGACGUCUUUGGAGAAGAUGGCAAGCCGGCCAAAGAGAGCAACGCGAGGUUCGUGAGGUGGUCGGAUGGCAGCAUGAGCCUUCACCUGGGCUCCGAGAUAUUCGAUGUCUAUAAACAGCCGCUCCAGGGUGACCACAACCAUCUUUAUAUAAGACAAGGUACUGGUCUGCAGGGCCAAGCGGUCUUCCGGACCAAACUUACCUUCAGGCCUCACUCUACUGAGUCGUUUACUCACCGGAAGAUGACGAUGUCGCUGGCUGACAGGUCCCAGAAGGCCUCGGGUAUUAAAGUACUGAGUCAUGUCGGCGCUAAUCCUGAUCAGAAUCGGUAUGAGAUGAUCAAGAAGGAGGAAGAGAAGCUGAGGAUGGCCAUGAAAAAUCAGAGCAAGGUCAAGAAAAUUGGAAGUGGGAGGGGCGCGGGAAGAAGUGCUGGUUAUGCUGCUGAUAAUUAUAAUGACGAUGGGUCUGAUGACGAGGGAGCCAUUUCACUGGCAGCUAUCAAGAGCAAGUUUAAGAAAGGGACUAAAGUCGCUGCUUCAAAUAUAUAUUCAUCUGACGAAGAAGGAUCCGAUUUCGAGACAACAAGACCCAGAAAGAGUGUAAAAGGCAAAGUGCUAAAAGAUUCCGACGAAGAGUCCAACGCGACUUCAAACAGCGGAUCCGAGAGCGCUGGAGAUAACGAUAACGCCGACGCUAAUAGUGAUUAAUUUACUCUACAAUUAAUAUCUCUCUCGAAUUUAUAAAACAAAAAUAAAUUUUUUAUAUUAAUGUUCACUCGAA